UUUUCUCCACUCUUAUUGGGUGCGGGCUUCACUCCUUCUCAAGACAGCUGAAGGAGCAGGAACACAGAUUGCACCAACUAUGGAUUUAACAGGAUCCAUUGUGCAAAUACUCUAAGCAUCUUAAACUGAUGCGCAUAGACGAGAAGAAAAGGAGUGUGUGACGGUGAGUUACAGAGAGAGAGUAAGUGAGAGAGAGAAAGUGAGAGAGAGAGAGGUUAGUUUGGACCAGGUGAUAGAGCCACAUCAAACCUCCAAGGGGCUGGUGGUUAAGAUCAGUUUGCACAGGAUUCUUGUUCCGAUCAUGGUGCCAGCAGCCUGUCCCGGACCCUUUGCCAUGCUGGCUCUCGCCUUUCUCCUGGGAUGUGGCAUAGGGCUCUGUCUGGGCCAGAAUGACACGGAGCCCAUCGUUCUGGAGGGAAAGUGUCUGGUGGUGUGCGACUCCAACCCCUCUUCUGACGGAGGAGUCACCUCUUCGCUUGGGAUAUCUGUGCGCUCCGGCAGCGCCAAAGUGGCUUUCUCGGCCGUCAGAGGGACAAACCACGAACCUUCGGAGAUGAGCAACACAUCCAUGACCAUCUAUUUUGACCAGGUCUUAGUAAACAUUGGCAAUCAUUUCGACCUGAAAGCGAGUGUGUUUACCGCACCACGGAGAGGGAUAUACAGUUUCAGCUUUCAUGUGGUCAAGGUCUACAACAGACAAACCAUACAGGUUAACCUGAUGCAGAACGAGUACCCUGUCAUAUCUGCCUUUGCUGGGGAUCAGGAUGUCACGCGGGAGGCGGCGAGUAACGGAGUUCUACUGAUGGUUGAGCGCGAGGAUCGCGUCUAUCUCAAGUUGGAACGAGGGAAUCUAAUGGGCGGAUGGAAAUACUCCACGUUCUCUGGAUUUUUAGUCUUUCCUCUUUAACUGACUCGCAGACGAGUAAUAUUUUCCAAGAGACCGAGGACGAACGAGUUCUCAGUUCUUUGAACAAAACUGAAAUUUAGCAAAACUGCAUAUGGACGCGUCCGCAGGGAGUUCCCGCCUUUUUUGGCCGCAGCGAUUUUCAGUCGCGAUUGUUUGGAUUUUAUCGAUGGGAAACAAUUCGCAACUGACAAUUACCUGGACCACUAUAUAAACGAGAAGAUAUUUAAGACGAAGACGAACUUCAAAUCCCGAACUAGGUGUAUUUAUCAGUGCUUUAUUUUGUGUUUGUAUAGCCUUAAUGAUUCGGCUUCCGUCCAGUGAGGUGUGUGGUGUGGAGCUGCGGAAGUGCUUUACGGCCCCAAAGCAUUUUUGCACGAAUGGAAGAUUCCUGUUUUGUGCUGUCAAUGAUGUGUCGUUUGGAUGCAGAACAUACUGAAAAUAUGCCAAAUGUAGGCCACCUGCUAUACAGUGAUUAUAAUGAGAAAAAAAAAAAAAAAUCAUAUAUCAGCCAACGGAGACGUCUGAAAAACUUUUUGCUAGACAUCUAUCUAAUUUAUAAAAUACAUAUUUACAUUAUGGUGUGUUCUACAUUCCGGAUAAUACGUAGCUUUGAUUGAUUUAGUGUUCAGUGACAAUGCUCACAGAUGUAAGUUGUGGAAAAAGAAAAGUCCCUAUAUAAUGUCCCGCCUAAUAAAAUAUUGUAUUGUACACAUAUUUACUCAAUCUUUUUUAUUAUCAUGAACCUUGAGUAUUUUUCUAACGAGUGAUAAAAUCGUAUUAAUGAAUUGCGCAUGCGCAUUUUUUCCUUGCUCGACUACGAUGAAAGUAGAUUCCGAAUAUAACGGCGCUGUCCAUGGUGCUGAAGCUCAGCAGACUUCAGAAAUAUUCUCAGAUGUCUCAAGACUGGAUGAUACAUAAUUAUGUAUGCUGCUCUAAAUACAUGAUUUAUUUUUGCAACCUUGAAUCAUUGUCUCUUCAGCACAUUUUUUAGCAUAAAACCCCAAAUCUUUCCCCCAAUUAGUGAUAGUAAUGUUAAAUUAGCCUUGGUUUCCACCACUGCUGGCCCACUGAAACACACACUCUCUGUCUGAUUGUUUCAUAUGCACACACUCUGUCUUUUUAGCGUUUCCAUCUUUUUCAGUUUGCCUUGUGCUCACUUACACAUGCACAUCUACACACACACUCAAUGCUUGCCUGCUCUCUCUGAUGUACACAUAUAUAUAUAUGCAUUUACAUAAGGCACCAGCAGAGCUGUAUACAAAUAUGAAUAUAAAGAUCAACACAACUGUUAAUAGACAUACAUUAAGAUUUAUUACUUUAGUUAACCUUGCUUUUAGAGAACUUUAACAGUUCUGGCUUUUUUAAUAAAACAAAUACAUUACUAUCAGCCAUAUAAAAUAUGUGCACCUGUAUUAAUUCCCUAAUUUGUAAUAUAUAUGUAAUUUAAACAUCCUCCUCUUUAAGAAAAUUUAAUGUUAAAUUCUUCCACUUCAAUUUAGAACAAGUGUAGCAUGGUUCAUCAAAAAUUCUGUUAACUCAUAAAAGGAAGCUGGUGCGCUAAGGGUUAAAAUGUAUGCAUGCAAAUGAAGGUCUUUAGCUUUUUUCUUAACAGACUAAAUAUACAAAAUAUCCUGUUAGAUCAUAGAUCUUACAACGUAAUUUUAAAAGCAUAAGAAGUGCAAGGCACGGCUUGUGUGCGUUAAAACAAGCCAGUUAAUUCUAAGAGUUAAUUCUGUACUGUAUGUGCACAUGUGUACUAGACUGUGUCAUGAAGGGUAAUUUGAGGUGUCAGUAUUGUAAUAAGGCCUGUCGUAAGCCAUAAGUGAACUGAAGAGGAUGAAGGGUGACUGUUUCUUUUUAAAAUCCACUUAGUUUUGAACCCAAUGGAGACGGUGUAUAGGCAAAUAUAAUUAAAAAGAACAUUAGAAUUGAUUUAGUAAUGAAUUCAUUAACGUUUACCUUUGUUAAGCACUGGCAGCAAAAACUGAAGAGCAGGUAAAGUUCAAUGCAUUUCUAAUGUCUUUCGAACAGAGGCAUUUUAGAAAUUUUAUAAGUAAUUUGCUUCGUUUCUGUCUUAGAAUUUUUUUAAAGCACUAGGAAAGCUUUGGAUCAAAGCUUUUAAAUGAAAGCGUACUGUUUUUUUCCCCUCUCCCUCUCAUAAAAAUUCACUUGGUAAGGGCGACUAAUUAUUUCUUUCUUUCUUUCUU